AUGCCUCAAUUGUACCUACCACCAGUCAAGCCCUCCGCCAUUGCCCUCGGCACCGUUUUCAACCACGCCGCCUCCCUGGCUAUCCUCGGCCCCGUCUUCGGUGACACCUACCACCGCGCCCUUUCUGCCAACUCCAAGGAGGAGUUUGUCAAGUCCAAGGAGGCCGCAUCCGCUGCCGCAGCAUGGGGAACUUCUCUCGUUGGUAGCGCCGUUCAAUCAUACGGUGUCGGUGCUUUGAUCAAUGCUACUGGUACUCUCUCAUACAAGGGUGCUGCGUAUCUCGGUUCCUUGAUCUUCUUUGCUAGCUCUGCUCCUUCGUUCAUCGCCCAAGUCGUCACUGAGAAGCGUCCUCUUGAUACCGUUGCUGUUGGUGCUCUUGCCCGUGUCUUUGAGACUGUUGGCCUUUCUCUCUUCCUUACCUGGUGGGGUACUCACACGAAUCCCUUUGAGUAG